AUGGCAAUCACCACAAUUCCAAAAGGCUGGCGGGAACUCGCACAAGUCUGUAUCGACAUCCAGAAGAAGUCAAUUCUCAAGGAGUAUGAGUUGGCAAGCGACCAAAUACCUCCGAAAGAUCGUCAAAAUGUGCUUGAUAUCCCAACCGAGUCUGGAAUUUUGACCACGGAGGAAAUUCGGAUGACUGAGCAGGAUGCCUCGAGCUUGUUAGAAAAGUACAAGAGCGGCCAAUGGACUGUAAAACAAGUUGUCACGGCUUUUCUGAAGAAAACAACCAUGAUUCAUCAAUUGACCAACUUUGCUACCGAGAUUUUAGCAGAAGAUGCCCUUCAGAAGGCCAACGAACUUGAUGCGUACUUCCAAAAAACAGGCCAGCUGGUCGGCCCUCUUCAUGGCAUCCCAAUAUCAGUCAAGGAACACAUCGGCAUGGGUGGCCAUAUCACGCACGCAGGGUUUGUAUCAAAGAUCACAAACAUCCCGCUUGAAGACGCCCUUUCCAUCCAGAUUUUGAAGAAGGCAGGAGCAGUUAUUCAUGUCAGAACGAAUCAACCGCAGAGUCUCAUGCAUCUGGACUGCAAUAAUAAUAUCACCGGGCUAACUAGGAACCCACGCAACCUUCUUUGCUCGCCCGGAGGAUCAUCCGGUGGUGAAGGAGUAUCAGUCGGCGCGAAAUGCUCAGUGAUUGGCGUGGGCACAGAUAUUGGCGGGAGUAUACGCAUCCCUGCCGCCUUCAAUGGUUGUUAUGGACUUCGACCGACGGCUCUGCGUGUGCCAAACCUUGGAAAUUUUGGUAUCACAUCUGGACAAGAGAGUAUCCGGGGUGUGGUUGGACCCUUGGGCCAGAGCGUUGAUGAUCUGGAACUGUUCAUGAGUGCUGUUCUUGCAGCUGAACCGUGGGAUACUGAGACUAUGUUGGUUCCAGUGCCAUGGAGACCUGUCAAUCCCAAGAAAGAGAUCACGGUGGGAAUUAUGUUGGACGAUGGUUUCGUCAAACCACAUCCGCCGGUCCUACGGGCUCUUCGUUCAGCAGCGGAAAAAUUGAAACAGUCAGGGCCAAAGCCGUACCUCGACACAUUCGCCGAAAGUGGCGAGCCGGUCCUCCCACUUACCGAGCAUGCUUUCAGAUUCUCAAAAGCCGAACCACUUACAGUCGCAGAGAACUGGAACCUCAACUAUAGAAGAGAGGAAUAUCGACGAGACUAUCAUGCUCUGAUGAAGCACAGAGGCGUCGAUGUCAUACUAUGUCCUGCAUACGUUGGUGCGGGUGUGUUGCAAGGCGGCGCCGAGUACUGGAAUUACACGGCCAUUUGGAACGUGCUAGACCAACCAGCAGCCAUCUUGCCGAGCGGACUGAAGGUUGACAAAGCCAUUGACAAGCCCGAGGAAGAUUACACGCCUCGGAAUGACUAUGAUGCUAAAGAAUGGAAGGCCUAUGAUGCCGACCUUUUCCACGACAUGCCAAUUUGUUUACAGCUUGUCGGAAAACACUUCCAAGAUGAAGAAGUGCUACAGGCAACUAAGCUGGUUGAUCGCAUCUUGAAGGAAUAG